AUGGAGGUCAUUGACAGGUCUUGCGCUUCCUGGUUGAUUGCCUGUCACCAUGGAUUGCGAUGGACGGACGGGACGACUCUGUACAGCGAUGCGAAACGCCUGAUUACCAGUGCUGUAUGCGAGGAGGAGGAGGAGGAUGCUGUGGUGUACGUCAAGGGACUUGAGAAACGAACGUGGCUGCGAGACUUGCUUCUGGACGAACGAUCGCACAUCGAGACCCUGGAUGCGGUUUACGAAGACACUCUAUCGUUGACCGAUAUGGAUGCCGCUGAUACUACGCGAUGUGGACAUCACGCUACGAAUUGCGCCAUGCAAAAUGUAUUCAAAUUAUAUAAAUGGUGGUUGCGAAGAAAUUUUUUGAAAUAA